AAACCUCAUUUGUUUUGUACCUCUUCCUCCUUCCACCUCUUUUUUCUCUCUCUUUUUGCCCUAUUCAAUAGGGUUCUCAAAUGAUCUCUUGCUACCUGUUUUUCUGAUGCAAUCAGUUGUUCAAGCUCUUUUAAUUGUGUUUCUUUUGGUUGAUCUGUCAAUUUUUGCUCUCCAUAGAGGGUUUUUUGGUCCUGGACACUGCAGAUUCUACUUCCCCAGUCUUUUUCAACCAUACUCAUGUCUAAAGUCUUCAAUUUUAGUGGUGACCAUGGUGGGACUGUGUACCCAAGUCCCAAGGAAUCCAGCCUAUUUCUGUCCCUUAGGAAUCAUGUGGAUGUCUAUUUUCCUCCUUGCAAGAGGUCUCGUGUUGCGGUCCCUUUUGUUUUCAGUGAAAAGAAGCACAAGUUGUCUUCCAUUGAUGUCCUACCUGAUGAAUGCCUUUUUGAGGUAUUGAGGCGCCUUUCUGAUGGCAAAGACAGGAGUGCCUCUGCUUGUGUUUCCAAGCGCUGGCUUAUGCUCUUAAGCAGCAUCCGCGGGGAUGAAACAGUAAUCUCAAAUCCCAAUCCAUCUUUGGAAACCGAGGAAAGAUCUAUCCAAACUGCUCUUGUUAAGUCUGUGGACUGCGUUAAGAAGGGUGAGGUAGUGGACUCUAAUGCUGCAGAAGUUGCUGAGGCUGAAUCUCAAGAUAUUGAAGGAGAGGGUCAUCUUUCCAGGUGCCUUGAUGGAAAGAAAGCAACAGAUGUCCGACUUGCUGCUAUUGCUGUUGGAACACCAGGCCAUGGAGGGUUAGGAAAGCUUUCUAUUCGAGGAAGUAACCCAAUCCGUGGUGUGACUGAUACAGGCCUCAAGGUUAUUGCUCGAGGUUGUCCUUCUCUAAGGGCUCUUUCUCUCUGGAAUGUCUCUUCUGUUAGUGAUGAAGGUUUAACCGAGAUUGCUCAAGGAUGUCAUCUGUUGGAGAAGCUUGAUCUUUGCCAAUGCCCUGCAAUUACUGAUAUGUCCUUGAUGGCUAUCGCAAAGAAUUGUCCUAAUUUGACCUCUCUAACGAUAGAAUCUUGUUCAAAGAUUGGAAAUGAAACUCUUCAAGCUGUAGGUCGUUUUUGCCCUAAGUUGAAGUUUGUGUCUCUCAAAAACUGCCCACUCAUCGGAGAUCAAGGAAUUGCAAGUCUCUUUUCAUCCGCUGGUCAUGUUUUGACAAAGGUGAAACUUCACGCAUUGAACAUCAGUGACAUCGCCCUUGCUGUUAUUGGACAUUAUGGCAUUGCCAUCACUGACAUAGCCCUUAUUGGUCUUCAAAACAUAAAUGAGAGAGGAUUUUGGGUCAUGGGUAAUGGCCAAGGUUUGCAGAAGCUGAGGUCGCUUGCUAUAACUGCUUGCCAUGGAGUUACUGAUUUGGGACUUGAAGCUCUUGGUAAAGGUUGUCCAAACUUGAAGCUGUUUUGCCUACGAAAAUGUACAAUCCUGUCAGAUAAUGGCUUGGUUGCUUUUGCCAAAGGUUCAGUUGCACUCGAGAACCUCCAAUUAGAAGAAUGCCACAGGAUCACCCAGGCUGGGUUUGUUGGUGUUCUUUUGAGCUGUGGUGAGAAGUUAAAGGUUCUGUCCAUGGUGAAAUGCUUUGGUGUUAAAGAGUUGGCCUGUCGAUUUCCAUCUGUGUUGCCUUGCAACUCACUUCAGUCUUUGUCUAUCCGCAACUGUCCUGGAGUUGGUAAUGCUACUUUGGCCAUAAUGGGUAGGCUGUGCCCCAAACUGACUCAUUUGGAGCUGAGUGGACUCCUUCAAGUAACUGAUGAGGGUCUUUUCCCUCUUGUUCAGAGCUGUGAAGCUGGUUUGGUCAAGGUGAAUCUAAGUGGAUGUGUUAAUGUUACAGACAGAUCAGUUUCAUUCAUAACUGAGUUGCAUGGGGGAAGUCUCGAGUCUCUUAAUGUUGACGAGUGUCGAUACGUUACUGAUAUGACCUUGUUAGCAAUUUCCAACAACUGUUGGUUGCUCAAGGAACUUGAUGUUUCAAAGUGUGGUAUAACUGAUUCAGGUGUUGCAUCUUUGGCCAGUACAGUGCGACUUAAUUUGCAGAUACUCUCCUUGUCAGGUUGCUCUAUGCUUUCGGACAAAAGUGUACCCUUUCUGCAGAAGUUGGGGCAGACACUCAUGGGCUUAAACAUCCAGCACUGCAAUGGGGUCAGUAGCAGCUGUGUUGAUCUCCUCUUGGAACAGCUCUGGAGGUGUGAUAUCCUUUCUUAAGUGCAGGGUCAAUGCAACUUACAAGUUGAGCUCCUUUGAAAGAUGGAGCUUAGUAAGGAAGUUUAACUAGUCUUUCUUUGUUAGUGUUAGCAUAAAGUUUUUUGGUCCAUGAUCUUGGGUCUUCUAAUAGUCCAGUAUCUCGGCUCCUUUUUCCGGGGAUGUGGUUGGUUCUCUUUUUUUGCAGCUUCUUCACUGAAGCUGUUUUUGGGAAAUUUUUUUCCUGUUUUUCCAACCAUACUUCCCUGAGAUACAAAUGCUGAGUUUUUGGAUUAAGAGAUUCAUGUCUGGUCCUAGUCCUAGUCCUUGUUGUCACUAGUUUUUAGCUUCUAUGCUUGCAUUGAUUGCCAAAUCUUGCAGCGGUAGAAGCUUUUUCAAUAUUGUCUUAAGUCUUUUAUGUGUGUGCACUUGUAGUUUUACCGAGUCUCUCACGUUGUUGAACCUUUCAACUCGUGAUGGUUGGGUUUAUGUUUGUGUUGUUGUUGUGGUGGUGGUUGCUUUUGGGCAGUUGUAGGUAUAUAUGCCUCUCUUUUCAUGGGCUUUGGCCAUGGCAGGAAGUUCCUUUUCUGCCAUGACAACCCUCUGGGGUUGUUUUUUCUUUUUACAAAGCCUUAGUUUUGCAGGCCUCUCUUGUUCUUGAAACUCCCAAAUGUAACCUUGUUUUGUACUUGUGGAAAUGUUAGUUUUGUUUAUUAAAUAAAAAAAAAAA